AACCCAAAAACAGGAUGCUGACGCUCUGCUCUGGACCGGGUUGACGAGGCUCUACACGCCGUCCGGCAGAACCACGAACUUGAACGACCUUAUUUCAUUCCAGCCACGAAAUUAGAGCUUCCCAGGUUCGCCACAUCCGUGUCAGCUGUAAAUGGACGCACUCGCAGCCAACAGAAUCCCGGGAAAAGAGAGGAAGGUGCUCGGUGUCCAUAUUGCGGGCCAGAGAGAUUUGUGCAGAAGCGUUUUGUUGCGGUAGCUUGCAUGCAACAGUCUGGGGCGCAAUAAAGGGGCUGCCAUCUUGACUUCGAAGUCACUUCUCCGUCUCAGACUGCGGAGAGACCACCAUCCACAGUUGGCAAACUUGUCCGUUAUCGCCACGGGAGCUGCCAGCAUGCUCUAUAGUUUUCUCGGGGUUCAGAUUCGCGGUGGUGUGCUGGACACCGGAAAUCGUGGCCACUGAAAAUACCCUGCGACUCCCGUCCUUUUUUGUGGACUCCUUUUUCAACAAACUACUCAAUUGUCCCAUCAUUGCUGUUUCCCUCUUUCUCUUUACCGACAGUGGCUGCUCCUUCGGUCCUGUCCCGUGUCCGGCUCCCCCUGGAUGUCGCUUUUCUGCACGCAACUCGACGGUCUCCCGAAACGUUUUUCUUUUUCCUGUUACACCGCUGAUAACAGCUCUUUCCCCCCGUUUUCCCGCGCUUCCAUUCCGAAAAGAACACACGAUGUUUCACGGGUUGGCUGCAGUCCGCUGUCUGCGGAGGUGGCCCUGCGAGGCCCUGUGUCGAAACUUUGUUCGCUUUCCCCCUUCCAAUGCUUCCGCGUGCACAGACAACAGACUCCACUCCGUCCACCCGCGCGAGCAAGGUCCUCACGCGUCCCGCCUCCUGCUAACUCCGUGGCUUCCCGGUUCAUGUCGCUCGCUGUGUAGAAACUCGCCAGACAGUUCCGUGGACGUUCUGCAGACACCAAGUGACGGAGUGAAACGUAUCCUGAGAGACCGGGAGGUCUUUCGCACCAGCGAAGGGUCGACAGGCUGCGUAUCCUCCGUUGCUGUUUCUCGUUCUUCCGGCUCAAACACCUCUGAAUGCCGCGGCCACUGUAGCUCGAGUGCACAUGCAGAUGCUAGGCAGAUGAGGAACGGGAAGCAACAAGAGGAUCUCCUUCGCGGCAUUCUACGCAUUUCUGUUUUAAGUGGAACGGUUCUCGGCGGAUACAUCAUGCUCAUAAGGCCCCGGAAAAAGGGCAUGCGUCUCGACAGACGGAGGAGCAAGAAACAGUACAAACAUGGAAGGCACGUAGGAGGGUGGAACUAUCGGUGGCUAGGCUCCUAGAAGAACUCUUGUUCAUGUCUGGGCGCUCGUGUCUGCCUGAAUGUUUUCGCCUGAUGCAUUUCCGGUGGACUCAAUUUGGCUUUCCUGGUCUGCUGCGAUUGUCAGUUGGACUUCUUUAAAGAGCUGCCUGUGCAGCAAACAGACGGCGCCGCGGGGGUGGUGCGUGCAGCCCCGUGUGCGAAGAAAGCCGGCAGAGGGUACGCUCCGAAAUAGUAGUUUUACCUUUUCCGAGCAACCGUGUCCGUGUAUGAAGUGUUUUUCUCUUUCUUACACACGUGGAAGCCUCUCUUCUAGACUCGCAUGUGUAUAUCUGUUCCACCGUACCUGGUUGCUAUACGCAAAGAUACAUGGCAACUUUCUCUUUACCUUCCUAUCUAUGUGACUAGUGGUAAAAUGUACUGUCUGGUACUUUGCGUCAGUCGUCUUUUGUUGGCAUGGUUCGAAAAGCGGUAUUCCUCGACUGCAG